AUGUCUACGCACUAUGACGCUGUAGUCAUUGGCUCUGGCCAAGGCGGAACGCCUCUUAGCAUGGCAUUCGCGCAAGCUAAGCAGAAGACGGCACUGAUCGAGAGUACACAUAUCGGCGGCUGUUGUGUUAAUGAAGGCUGCACGCCAACCAAGACCAUGAUUGCCUCUGGCCGAGUGGCCUAUUUGACUGGGCGAGGGCCCGACUACGGCGUUCUGAGUCCGCGCCCUGAUUCCGCACGUAUCAACAUGGAAAAGGUGAGGCAGCGCAAGCGCGACAUCGUUGACAGCUUUCGCUCUGGUAGUGAACGCCGGCUUCGCGACGCCGGCGUGGACGUCAUCAUGGGCUCUGCAAGCUUUCAAAACGAAACAACUAUAAAAGUCAUCUGCCAAGACGGUGCAGACAAAAUUCUUUCCGCUGAUAAAAUCUUCAUCUGCGCUGGUGAGCGGCCCGCGGUCCCGAAGCUCGACGGCCUCGAUGCUGCGAAAUUCCCCCCGGGUGCUCUUCUCAACUCGACUUCUAUUCAAGAACUCGAUGUGGUUCCGUCGCAUCUCAUCGUAGUCGGAGGCGGCUAUGUUGGUCUCGAGUUUGGCCAGCUAUUCCGGCGACUAGGCGCCGAGGUGACCAUCAUUCAGCGUAAUUCCCAGCUUCUGCCGCGCGAAGACGCCGAGGUCGCUGAGAAGAUGCGUCAAGUCCUCAAACAAGACGGCAUCAGGAUCCUUCUCAAAACGUCCCCGGCAGCCGUUCGAGCCAGCGGCGGCAAUGACCCUACCAAGGCUGUUGUUGUCUCUGCCUCUGGCCCUGAUGGCACAUCCGAGUUGACAGCAUCCCAUAUCCUAUUCGCCGCAGGCCGGACUCCCAACACGGACACCCUCAACCUCGACGCAGCUGGUAUAAAAACCAACAACCGUGGCCACAUUGUUGUCGAUGACACCCUGCAGAGCUCCAACCGACGUGUGUGGGCACUUGGUGAUGUCAAGGGACCGCCGGCCUUCACGCACGUUUCCUAUGACGACUAUCGUCUGCUGCGGGCCAAUUUGCUCGAGAAGGACUCUCAUCCCACGGCCCUCACUACCGUCAAUCGCAUCUUGCCUUAUGUCGUCUACACGGACCCGCAGCUCGCUCAUGUCGGCCUGCAUGAACACGAGGCGCGAGCCAAGUUUCCCGAUGCCAAGAUCCAGGUAGCAACUAUGCCCAUGGCAUAUGUCGCACGAGCUUUGGAGACGGAUGAAUCAAGAGGCAUGAUGAAGGCCGUCGUCGAUGCCGAUACGCAGAAGAUACUGGGAUUUACGUGCUUUGGGCUGGAGGGCGGCGAGGUCAUGAGCGUAGUGCAGAUGGCCAUGAUUGCAGGCAGCAAGUGGACGGCACUUAGAGAUGCCGUCUGGGCGCAUCCAUCCCUGGCAGAGAGUUUGAACAACAUCUGGGGCUCAUUGAAAUAG